CCUUUGUAGCCAUCGUAUUCAUCAUUGAUAAAACAGACUUCGAAUCAUUUAUUUGGUUUAAAAUACAAAAUAUCUUUUAACUCUACUUUAUCAGACCUGGACCUCAUUGUCACGGAUCAUUGAUCAAUGAUAGAAUUAUACCAAACAAGGAGAUAGAUAAAAACUUACUGACUUAAAAUUUGCCAAAGAUGCAGAGCAAUCAUGAUAAAAUACUUGUAGCAGCAAUAGAUUUUGGAACAACAUUUUCAGCAUGUGCAUGUUCCUUCAUAACUGCUUAUAAAAAAAAUCCACUGAAUAUCUGGGUCAAUCAUAUAUGGAAAUGUGGUUCAACAAACUGUAUAUCGAGGAAAGUACCAAAUGCUGUCCUGUUUGACAAAUCCAAAAAGUUCCUGGCAUUUGGAUACCAUGCUGCAAACAAGUACACACAGUUUGCUUUAGACGAGAAACAACAUGAUUAUUAUUACUUUUGUAUGUUUAAGAUGUUAUUACAGGAAACAAAGCAUCUUACACGACAUACCAUGAUCAAAGAUGAUAAUGGUAAAGAGAUGUCAGCUCUAGAAAUAUUAUCCUUGGUUAUCAAAUGUCUGAAGAAUCAAUUGUUAGAAACUCUGAAAUCUGAAAAAAACAUUGAGGUGUACAAUGACGAAAUUCAUUGGGUUUUAACAGUACCAGCUAUUUGGACAGAGUCUGGUAAACAGUUUAUGAGAGAAGCCGAAGAAAAGGCUGGUAUUAGCGGUGAACAUCUACUUUUAUGUUUGAAACCAGAGGCAGCAUCCAUACUCUGUCAGCAUUUUCUAACUGACAAAAUUGAGGAUCAGGAUGAUAUAGGCAAUGCAUUAACAGCAUCUGAAAAAGGCGCCAAAUACAAGGUUCUUGACUUGGAGGAUGGAACAGCUGAGAUAACAUUCCAUCAAAAGGACUCACAUGGUAACCUUCUAGAGCUACAAACAACGAGUGGUUGUCCAUGGGUCGGUCCCUGUAUAGAUGAAGCAUUCAAUCAGCUUCUUAUUAAGUUUGUUGGGGCACAUCAUUUCAGAAAAUUUCAAAAGGAAAACAAACUUCAAGUAAUAGAAAUGUUAAAUGAAUUUGAAUUGAAGAAGACGAGCAUUUCAAACGAAUCCAUUAGCAAGGUCACGGUAGCAGUCCCCUUUAGCUUGCUAGAGUCAUUUGAAAAAGAUACGGAAGAAAAAAUAGGAGAUGUAAUAAAACAGACUGCAUAUGAAGGCAAAAUAACUUGGCGCGCAGACAAGUUAAGAAUAGAUGCCAUUUGUUUCCGUGCAUUGUACUAUGAACCAAAGACACAUUUGAUAAAGCACAUAAAGUCCAUAUUGACUAAAAGCCAUUUAAAAGAUGUGAACACUAUAUUAAUGGUCGGAAGUUUUUCAAAGUCUCCCAUAAUGCAGUCGGCAGUGAAAGAUGCAUUUCCAGGUAUGACAGUCUUUGCUCCACCUGAACCUGGUUUAGCUGUGUUGGAAGGUGCCGUUUUAUAUGGGCAUUGGGUUUCAGCUUGAUUGCCGAUCAAAGCUUUCGAAUAAUAAUCGAUCAUUAGAAGGAUUGUUGUGUAACCAAUAAAAAAUCGGUGUAUGUAAUUGAUUACAGUCGAUGAUUUUAUGCAAAUCCUUAGUUUUCAAUUUCUGUCAACUACAUGCUACAAUGUAGAACAAAAUAAUAAAGUAAAUAAAACACAA